AUGGCUUCAAAUAGAGCUAAUGUGGUUGGUCUUGUUGUGAUUAUGGUUAUGUUCAUGGUAUGUGAUGGAGCCACGGUUAAGUCAUCGAAGUGCAGAAGUGCAAUAGUGAGCUUGAGCCCAUGCCUCAACUAUGUGAGUGGGAACUCAUCGAGCCCAUCACAUCCUUGUUGCUCGCAACUAGCCAAUGUGGUCAGGUCAGAGCCACGAUGUCUUUGUGUAUUGGUCAGUGGUGGUCACUCAUCCGCAAGUUUAAAUAUUAAUGAAACUCUCGCUUUGGGACUACCUAAAGCUUGUGAUGUCCAUACACCUCCGGUUAGCCGUUGUGAUGGAAAUGGAUCUAAGACGGUGCCAACAAAAUCCGAUGGGAACGCUAUAAAUCUGCCAUUGUUUUUCAAAAUUGUUUCUCUUUUGGUAGCUUCAAAUUUAUCCUAUUGA